GCUCUUCAGUUCACUAAUUAAGCAAGAAGGUAUCACACCUUAAUAAAUAAUUAUCAGUAAAUCAUAAAUAAUGGCUCAAACAACUCCUAAUCACAGUCAAACUGUAUCUGGAUGGGCUGCUCAUGAUUCCUCCGGAGAAGUUACUCCUUUUGUCUUCAAAAGAAGGGAAAAUGGAGUGAACGACGUGACGAUCAAAGUUCUGUAUUGUGGAAUGUGUCAUACUGAUCUGCACUAUAUCAAGAACGAUUGGGGAAUUACCAUGUACCCUGUUGUUCCUGGGCAUGAAAUCACUGGAAUAAUAACAAAAGUAGGGGAAAAUGUGACAAAAUUCAAAGUGGGCGACAAAGUAGGAGUGGGUUGUCUAUCAGCUUCAUGCUUAAACUGUGAUUUUUGCAAGAAUUCUCAAGAGAAUUAUUGUGAUGAGAUACAAUUCACUUAUAAUGGUAUUUUUUGGGAUGGCAGCAUUACAUAUGGUGGCUACUCUAAGAUGUUGGUUGCUGAUCAAAGGUAUGUCGUAUUUGUACCAGAGAAUCUACCGAUGAAUGCGGCAGCUCCAUUGCUAUGUGCCGGGAUCACAGUAUAUACACCCAUGAAAGACAGUAAAUUACUAGAAUUAAGAGGGGUUCCAAAAAAAGUUGGAAUAAUAGGACUUGGUGGAUUAGGUCAUGUGGCUGUUAAGUUUGCCAAGGCAUUUGGGCAUCAUCUCACCAUAAUAAGCACUUCCCCGUCUAAAGAAAGUGAAGCCAGACAACAUCUUGGUGCAGAUGAUUUUAUUGUCAGCACUGAUCCUAAACAAAUGAUGGCGAAACAGAGGAGCCUGGAUUUCAUACUGGAUACAGUUUCGGCCCACCAUUCUCUUGGACCAUAUCUUGAAUUGCUUAAAGUCGAGGGAACUCUUCACAUUGUCGGCGUUCCCGACAAGCCCAUGGACUUGCCUUCUUUCCCUCUAAUCCUUGGGAAAAGAACAAUAAAAGGAAGCAUGACAGGAGGCAUAAGAGAAACACAAGAAAUGAUGGAAAUGUGCGGGAAACACAACAUUUGUUGCGAUAUAGAAAUGGUCAGUCCUGAUAAUAUUAACCAAGCUCUUGAUCGUCUUGCUCGAAAUGAUGUUCGAUAUCGCUUUGUUAUUGACGUUGCUUCUGAGUCAUCUAGACUUUGAAACAUAUUUUAUUGCUGCAAUGUUUCUCUAAGUUUGUUAUUCGUAUAUUUUCUCAGUUUUUGUGAUUCAUAAUUGUUGUAUGAGAAGCGCUAUAUAAAUGGAUUUAAUAAUCCCUUUCAAAAUAUAAACUUCUUGUAUGAUGUCAUUUCACAGAGAUUUUCUCUUCACAAGCUAGAAGAGUACUUCUUUUAUAUGUCUACACUUGUAUUUAGGAUUGUUUUGUUUAUUUAUGAACCCCAAAGUGAAAU